AUGGGUUCUUGCAUCAGUGGGAUCCCCGGGAGGGUAAAAGCCCACAAACAGGAUGAGAAGAACUUCUUGGAGGCUUAUCCAAAAUACAAGGCCACUUCGCACAUUGACGAAGUCCGCCGGUCUGAGUACCCCAUUCUCGAUCUCCAGGGCCACAUUUACCUCGAUUAUACUGGUGCUGGGCUAUACUCCAGCAGACAGCUCCGCCAUCACCAGAAUCUUCUCGGUACCAACAUAUUUGGGAACCCGCAUUCGCUCAACCCAACAUCAAGCGCCAUGACAGAGUUGGAUGAGUAUGCCCGUGCCUGUGUCCUCCAAUAUUUCAAGGCGUCACCUGAGGAGUACUGCGUGAUUUUCACUGCCAACGCAUCUGGCGCGUUGAAACUUGUCGGAGAGGCAUUCCCAUUCGACUCCAGGAGCGAGUACAUCCUGUUUAUGGACAACCACAACUCCGUUCAGGGUAUCCGCGAGUUCGCACGCGCAAAGGGCGCCAAAACCACCUAUGUCCCACUGACAUCCGACCUCCGUGUGAGCGAUAUUGCCUUGAAGGAAGCUCUUAAACCCAAGUUUGAUGGCCCUGUCGGUCCUCGACUCUUCGCCUACCCCGCUCAGUCCAACUUCAGCGGUGUUCAGCACCCACUCGAGUGGAUCGCCACUGCCCAAGCUCAGGGUUGCCUCGUCUGUCUCGAUGCCGCCGCCUAUGUACCGACUAACCGCCUCGACCUCUCGGUAUGGCACCCCGACUUUGUACCAAUAUCUUUCUACAAGAUGUUCGGUUACCCAACCGGCGUCGGGUGUCUGAUUGCACGCAAGGAUUCCCUGCUGAAAUUGAAGCGUCCAGCGUUUGCUGGUGGAACCGUUUGGGGAAGCUCGGCCCUGGGCGAUGGCCACGUCCUCCUUGACCACCACGAGGGCUUUGAAGAUGGCACAAUCAACUUCUUGAACCUUCCAGCCGUUCACAUCGGCCUCCGUCAACUCAAGGACGUCGGCAGGGAUGCUGUCCAUCUUCGCGUCAUGUGCCUUACCGACUGGCUCCUCAAAGAGAUGCUCGCGCUCUGCCAUCAGUCUGGGCUCCCACUGAUCAGGUUCUAUGGUCCGACAGACGUAUAUAUGCGCGGCGGAACAAUUGCGUUCAACUAUAUCGACGCAAACGGUGACGUGGUUGACGAGCGCAUAGUUGAGCAGCGUGGAAACAAGAUUAAUUUGUCCUUGCGCUCUGGGUGUUUCUGCAACCCUGGCGCCAGUGAGGCUGCGUUCAACCUGGAAAAAGAGUCGCUUCUCGAGGCGUUUGAGAGCGCAUGGCAACACGAGGCUGCGCACGGCAAGCGGAAGAAGUGGGAUGAUUUCCUGGCUGACAUCGGCAUCUCUACUUCUGGCGCCCUCCGCAUCUCGGUAGGCCUCAUGUCCAACUUCAAAGAUGUGCACAGAUUUCUGGAGUUCUCUCGGACGUUCCUUGAUACGGUGCCGACAGGAAGUAACCUGGCAAUGCGCUUGCAUUGCUAG